CCGGGAACUCCCUCUCCUCCCCUUGGAGCUGCUGCGGGAGGUUAUUGUGAGGGAAGAGGCAGCAGAAGUGUCCGGGGGAAGCGGCUGCGGGGAGCACGGUGUGACAGCAUCGGCGGGGACACGGCGGUCACUGUCUGACAGAUUCGGAAUUUGGGGACACUUGCCUAAUUGUGAAGAGCAUAAUGGCUGAGCCAGACUACAUUGAAUCGGAUAAUCCAGAAUUAGUAAAGCCCCAUAAAUUAGUGAACCCUGUAAAGGGGUCCAGAAACCACCAGGAUCUUCACAGAGAAUUAUUAAUGAACCAAAAAAGAGGUCUCUCACCCCAGAACAAACCAGAGCUUCAGAAAGUGAUGGAAAAAAGGAAAAGAGAUCAAAUUGUCAAACAGCAAAAAGCAGAAGCUGAACAGAAAAAAACAGACUUUGAGCUGGAACUUGAGAAGCGACAUCAGAAACUGGAAGAGAUGGAAAUGGAAAAGCAUAAGACGGAUGAAGAACAGGAGAACAAGCCAGAGUUUCUCAAAGUCAAAGGCAACCUUCGAAAAAUGAAUCAGGAAAUCUCCAACGCCAAUAGUUCUUAGACAUAAGGACAUAAAGGGUGUUCUUCUUCACUGUGGAAAUGCAUUUUUACUGGACUACCGAUGGAUAUUUUGUUGGAAGCUUGCCUUAAUGGAUAUUUACAUUCAUCCCUGAAGCUUUUCGGGACUUAAUACAGCGUAAACAUCUUCCAAUAGGCUAAGACUGUUAAUUGUGGAGUGUGGAUACAGAGCUGUCAGCUGACAAAGUGGCCUUCAAAAAAAAAAACCUGCUAAAUUGAUGGUUUGUUUAGAAGUGCGAAGAGCUGAGAUACAUAGGUCUAUUAUAUUGGCAUUCUUUGCAUCAGUUUAUGUUUUUAAGCUAGUUUUUGCAGGGUUAUGUCUUGUCUAAAUGUCUUGAAUAUAAUUUUUUAUGCUAAGGGAAAGUCCAGAAAGCAGUCUGGUAUAAGGUUAAAAAUCCCUGCGCCUUUACCCACCCAUACCCUUAAGUGUUCACAAGAUUGAGGUAGAUCUGCUACACUGGCUUCAUACAGAAGGUGUGGAAGUAUAUGGCUAUGACUCACGUUGCAGUAUAUAGAGUGGUGGUUUCACCUUCUGAACAUUACCUUGGAGAAAUAAAGGGCAUCAUGAUUUCUUUUUAAUAAACUAUUUUUUCAUAUGUA